AAGAGUCUGUAAUUAUGCCUUAAAAUCAUUCAUUUACCCAUAAUCCCCUCCGCCCUUCACAUCCAUAAUGAGACAUAAACUCCGGCACACUAAUCUACCCUGAGUUGAGCUCUGUUCCCCACAGUAACACCCCACCGGCCCGGACACUGGACCAGCUUCAGGACACAGCAGGUACGAGCACAGAGGUCAACCAAGGGAUUCCAGAGGGAGCACAACAACUUCGGUCAAGCUGAGGCAUCUUUUUUUCUGGGCUUCAUGGAAAAGUCUGUACGUGCCACAAACAGUUUAAACCUGGACCUUCUAAUCCAGUGCAGACCUGAGGUGCAUUUCCACCCGAAAGCCUGAGGAAUUUCAGAGCUGAUUAUACAACAGCGCGUAACAGUUUAGAGAGAAAAUUCAGGACAUCGUUCGAGUCACAACAGAUAAAUUUUACAGCCGGCUUGCUCCUCAAGGCAGAACAUUGGGUUAUAAACUCUUUUUAUCACGUGAACUGUGAUACCUGUGAUAUUAUCUGUUGUUGUUGGCAUCUGAGCCAUGGCCUUUUCUGACCUGCUGGAGCAGGUUGGUGGCACGGGACGCUUCCAGAUCCUGCAUGUCACCCUGUUGAGCAUGCCUAUCCUAAUGAUGGCCAGCCAUAACCUGCUGCAGAAUUUUGUAGCCGCUGUCCCGCCGCACCACUGCGCCCCCCACGCCAACCUCUCAAUGUUAUCCAUGGGUGCUGGAGACAUGCUACUGGCCACUGUGCCUCUGGGCCAAAAUGGCAAACCAGAACGGUGCAGACGCUAUGUACAUCCUCAGUGGCAGCUUCUGAGCAGCAAUAGUUCAGAGAGCCUAUGGGAAGAGGGUCUGGAAGAAAUAGUGACGCAGAGUUGUGAAGAUGGAUGGUACUACAACAAGACAGAAAUGAGCUCAACUAUCAUUACUGAGUGGGAUUUGGUUUGUGAUCAGCGUGCCCUAAAGCAAAUGAGUCAAACUACCUAUAUGGGAGGCGUCCUUGUGGGAGCAGUAAUUUUUGGGGGACUUUCUGACAGGUUUGGUCGGCGUUUUUUAUUGCUGAUCUCUAACCUGAUGAUGGCGGUUGGAGGAACGUGUGCUGCCUUCUCCACCUCCUUCACCAUGUUUUGUAUUUUCCGCUUUUGCUGCGGCAUGGCCCUGUCUGGUCUGGUGCUCAACUCCUUCUCUCUAAUUGUGGAAUGGAUCCCAACAAGUGUGAGGACGGUGGUGGGCACAGGAACGGGCUACUGCUACACCGCAGGCCAGCUGCUCCUGGCAGCCGUCGCUUACUCAAUCAGAGACUGGCGCUGGCUCACACUGGCUGUGUCUCUGCCUUUCUAUGUGUCCUUCCUCUACUCAUGGUGGUUCUUAGAGUCUGCUCGUUGGCUGGUCCUGACCAAAAAACCAGAACAGGCGGUAAAAAACCUCAAAAAGGUGGCUCGCAUAAAUGGACGACGUGCAGAAGCCGACAAAAUCAACCUUGAGAUGUUGCAAGAGUCCAUGAAGAAGGAGAUGGCCUGUUCAAAGGGGUCUUACAGCGUUGUAGACCUCCUGCGCACAUCCACAAUGAGAACCACCACUGUGUGCCUCAGUGCAGUCUGGUUUUCAACCAGCUUCGCCUACUACGGCCUCUCCAUGGAUCUGCAGAAAUUUGGGGUUAGCAUUUAUCUUAUCCAGAUCAUCUUUGGAGCUGUGGAUAUACCAGCCAAAAUCUUGGUUACGAUAUCCAUGUGCAUGUUAGGACGAAGACCAUCUCAGUGUGGAGCUCUUGUACUGGCUGGCGUAAUGAUACUCAUUAAUCUUCUGGUGCCUUAUGACCAGCAAGUGUUACGCACCAGUCUGGCAGUCAUAGGGAAGGGCUGUCUGGCUGCGUCCUUCAGUUGCUGUUACCUGUACUCUGGAGAGCUGUAUCCCACGGUCAUCCGACAAAAUGGAAUGGGAUGGGUGUCCAUGAUGGCUCGGUUUGGAGCAAUGGUGGCCCCCAUGGUGCUUCUUCUUGGGGAAGAUUCCCCAUGGCUACCUGGUCUUAUUUAUGGAGGAGCUCCAAUCAUCAGUGGGAUCUUCGCCUUCUUUCUCCCGGAAACCCUUGCACAACCUUUGCCCGAUACUAUCCAGGAUGUGGAAGACAGAGGAUUUGCAUGGAAAAAAGACAAAAGAUUAGCUGAAAAAGAAGAUUUGGCCAAGAAGGAUCCCAGUUGUGUACACCUGAAAGAGUCUGUCUGAGACAACCACUUUACCUUAUCUGAACACAAUUCUGGAACACACAAACAGAGAUGAUCAUUGUCAUACAGAAGAUAACUUAGUAUUAAUAUGAUGGAAACAGCCAAAGGUAAUGAAAGAGUUUACUUGUGUGUGUGUGUGUGUGCGUGUGUGUGUGUGUGUGUGUGCGUGUGUGUGUGUGUGUGUGUGUGUGUGUGUGUGUGUGUGUUUAUUACAUGAAUGAUGCAAAUAAAUAAAACAAUAGACAACACAAAUUGUAAAAGAUUGGGAUUUGUGCUUGUUAUUUUAGUAUUUAUUAAAUCUUUCAUGUUUAGUCUUCUGUAAAUUGCCUCGCAUACGAAUAAAUAUCCAUUAUUUUGUAGAACAA